GUACGUCUGUCAAAUAUUCUCGACGGAUACUGAAAGCAAUCAUUUAAUAAAAAUGCAAGUAUAACCGUAUAUAACGAUAACUUACUGAUAUAUACAUGCAUUUAAUCUAAAUAAUUAUAAUAUAUCACACAAACAAAUAAAGCACGAAAGUGCGAAUAGUUUAAUUAUUAGAAAGACUCAGUCAGAGCGCCCACAUCUUUGAUAUCACGAGGACAGGAGGACACCAUAGACGCCCAUGUGCCUCCCUGUUUUCAUUCACAUAAAUUCUAAAUGUUAUCUCUGCAGAUCACGUGCUUGUAAAUGAUGUGGAAAUGUAUCCAAAGAUCGUGCAUUCACGUGUCAGCGGUCUCCCUAAAGAAGACGCCUCUGCACAUGAAGGGGAAGAGUGCUGCCGAUCAGAGAUGGCUGGUCCGGCAAAUCAAUGACCCUUUCGUUAAAGCUGCUCACGCGCAGAAUUACCGCUGUAGAAGUGCUUUUAAACUGAUCGAGAUAGAUGACAAAUACAGACUUCUCAAACCUGGUUUGAGUGUCAUAGAUUGUGGUGCUGCUCCUGGUGCAUGGAGUCAAGUUGCAGUCCAGAGAGUCAACUCAACAGGAGAAAGUGCGAAUCUUCCUAAAGGAAGCGUAAUAGGAAUAGACAUACUACGCAUCGCCCCUUUGGAUGGAGCUCAGUUGCUGUCCAAUCAUGACAUCACUGAGGCCUCAACUCACAUGGCGCUGGAGAGGCUCCUCCCUGAAGCUCGAGCAGAUGUCAUCCUCAGUGACAUGGCCCCCAAUGCCAGCGGGCUCAGGGAACUGGAUCAUGAAAGAUUGGUCACCAUGUGUCUAUCAGUGUUGGACUUAGCUGACAAGGUUUUGCGCCCCGGAGGCUCUUUGAUUUGCAAAUACUGGGAUGGAGCUUUGGCCCAUAAGCUCCAGCAGAGGCUUUCCUCAAUGUUUCAAGAUGUAAGAACUGUGAAACCAAGAGCAAGCAGGAAGGAGUCGGCAGAGCUUUUCUUUCUGGCGAGGAUGUUCAAAAUGAGAUAGGAUGAGGUCUUUUUCAUGAAAAGGAUUUUUUUUACAUAUAUAUUAUAUUUUAUAUAUAGAAAAUAGAAAAUAAAAUUGUUUUGUUCUUAUUAUGUAUUAAAAAUAAAUAAUAAUAAAAAACCUGUUUGCAA